GGCAUUUUUUUCAAUAAUUAUUAUUCGGUGAUGCUCGCCGACAGGCUGCGGCUUUGAAGACCACGGAUAAAACAUCUACAUUAAUUUAACAAUCCAAAAUAGUCUCAGGCAGUUCAGUGGGUAAACAGGGUUUGCAAUAACUGGAGCAAAUCUUGCACCAGUUUAAGAGGUUGUUGGACCAGAUUGUGAAAAACUUCGCCAAUGUAUACGUCUUCUCGGGACCCUGGAACUGGACAGAUGAGUGGCACCAUAUCAGACAAAGAUGCUUGCCAAGAGACAACUUUGGGUGCUUAUUCCCCUGUUGAUUAUAUGAGUAUUACAAGCUUUCCUAGGCUGCCAGAGGAUGACGCGGCAUCAGGAGAGAAUAUUAUACGGUCUCGUAAAGAAGAGGAUGCAUUUCUCAGUGAGCAAGACACAGAUCCAGACCUAUUUCUCAAGUCUGCUAGACUGCAGCGCCUCCCAUCAUCCUCCUCGGAGCUGGCCAGUCAAGAUGUGUCACCACUGCGUGAAACUCAACGAGAUCCCCUAGCAGGAGACUGCACUUGCCGCCAGGAUGGUCUCACCAUUAUAAUUACAGCCUGCUUGACCUUUGCUACUGGGGUCACAGUUGCCUUGAUUAUGCAGAUCUAUUUUGGUGAUCCUCAGAUUUUUUCACAGGGAGCUGUAUCAACAGAUGUUAGUCGCUGUACCUCCCUGGGUGUCGAGGUACUUAAGAGGCAGGGUUCCUCUGUAGAUGCUGCCAUUGCUGCGGCUGUUUGUGUUGGUAUCAUCAACCCACAUUCUUCAGGCAUUGGAGGAGGUGGUGUGAUGCUUGUUCAUGAUAUCCGGAAGAAUUUAAGCAAAGUUAUUGAUUUCCGAGAAACCGCACCUUCUGCAGUCACGGAGGAGAUGUUUCAGCUGAAUGUGGAGCAAAAACCUGGUUUGCUGGUCGGAGUCCCAGGAGUACUCAGAGGAAUGUAUGAAGCACAUCAAGAAUAUGGAAGACUUUCUUGGGCAGAGAUAAUGACCAUGACAGCAGACAUCGCCAGAGAGGGAUUUAAUAUUACUCACGAUUUAGCCGAAGCCAUCUAUAAAAUGAAAGACCAGAAUGUUUCGGAAAAUUUCCAGGACCUCUUUUUCCAAAAUGGACAGCCAUUGCUGGCAGACAUGUUUAUGCAACGGUUGGAUUUGGCGGCCAUUUUUGAUGUAGUUGGGAGGCAAGGAGUAUCUGCAUUUUAUAACAGCAAUUUAACACAAGAAAUUGUGUCAGAGGUUCGUGAAAGAGGAGGAGUCCUUCAAGAGGAUGACUUUGUCAACUAUGUUGUUGUUCCAGAGAAGCCACUUGAAGGCUAUUACCAGGGUCACCAGAUUCUGGUUUCUCCCCCACCCCAUGCCGGAGCCGGUUUAAUUCUAGCCCUGAAUAUUCUGGAGGGCUUCAAUAUAACUAGCCAGGUUCCAAGAAAUUCCACCUAUCAUUGGAUCACUGAGACUUUGAAGAUGUCUUUGGCAAUGGCAGGUAGCCUUGGAGAUCCACAGCAUGAUCCAACAGUUGCAGCUGCAGUUAAUGAAAUGUUAAGUAAAUCAGUAGCGGAUUUCUUGAGGCAAAAAAUAAACGAGUCUCGGGCAUUUCCUCCAUCCCAUUACAUGCCUGUAUACUCUGUGGAAUCUGGGCCCUCUGCUAGUCAGGUGGUGGUUAUGGGAUCAGAUGACUUCAUUGUUUCUGUUGUGAGUUCACUGAACCGACCAUUUGGUAGUGGAAUUGUAACAUCUUCUGGGAUUGUACUCAACAGUCAGAUGCUAGAUUUCUCAUGGCAAAACAAAACACAAACCUCUUCAUCAACUUCAAGAAACAGCAUACAGCCAGGGAAAAGGCCUUUAUCUUUUCUUCUUCCAACUGUGGUACGACCAGGGCAAGGCCUGUGCGGCACAUACCUGGCACUCGGUGCUUCUAGUGGAGAAGCAGCCCUUAGUGGUGUCACCCAGGUUUUGUUAAAUGUUCUCUCGUUCCACCUAAAUCUCAGUGACAGUCUUUCUUUGGGACGGCUGCACCCACAACUUCAACCCAACACAGUUCUGGUGGAUAAUGAAUUUUCAGAGGAAGAUAUUGAUGUUCUGAAGAUGAAAGGCCAUGAAGUGGAGAGGAAGGAAGUUCUGUCCAUUGUGGAAGGAACUAGACGAACCAAUGACCUUAUUAUUGGAGUAAAGGAUCCCAGGAAUCAAGAUGCAUCUGCUGCUACGACAGGCACACUAUGAAGUGGGUAAAUAGAAGGACCAAGAUGAAGAAAAAUGUAAUAUAGAACUGCUGACCAAGCUUAUGGGCAUUUGAACAAUAUUUUAAAUGUAAAUUAUUUGCACAUCCUACACUGGAAAAAUUGUAUCUUACACAUAUGUCAAGGCUUUCUGAAUUUUUCCAGGAAAAUCACUUGCUCACUGUACUAUAAAUUCAGUGGCUUAAAAAUAUAAAUAGAGCCCUGUAAUGAUGAGGUCUUGGUAAGCCUUUGCUGUGUUGAAGCUCGUGAAGUGCCUAGGUACUCUAUGCCUGCAGUUGCCAGUUGUGUAUGCGUAGAGGUUAUAUAUAAAGGAAAAAACGUUCCUUCAACAUCUGUCCAAGGCUGUCAGACUGGAAUAAAGCCGAAAGAAAGAACCUAAACUUGCAUUCAGUCACUUAUUUAGGCACUAGAGUUUAAUCUGUACAGAGCCUGAAAACAUUUAAAUUCUAUCCAUACUUCACAAGAAGGCUGCUGCUGCUUAAAAACUGCUUUAUAUUUAAUGUUUAUAAUUUGUGAGUAACUUAUUUUGGCCAAGGUUAGGCUUGUGGACUGUCUGAUAAUAAUUGUUGGCAUGAGGUGGAAAAAAAUGCACACUUUAAGUAUAUUUCACGCUGAAUCCUAAUGGCUCAGGAUGCUCCUAAAUGUAGGUGCACUUAAAUGUACAGUUAGAUAAUAUUUUUAUUUAAAUUUCUGAAAGGGUGACUAAAAUAUUUAUUUUGUUUUUUACUCCGUGUAUCACCCCAUUCAUUCACCCAGGAGGAAUACAAUGUAAGGUUGUGUGGCCUUGAGGACUAGGGUAGUGUGUUCACAUGCAGACGUUGAUUUGUCUCUUCUAGACAAUAGGGAGAUAGAAUUGGAAUAUGUUGAUUUUCUCUAAUGAGCUUCUUACUUAGUAAACAAAGAGAAUACAAAAUCUAAAUUCCUGGUUGGAUGAUGUUCAGUAGGUUUGUGUGGGAAUGUAGGUGACUGCUCUCUUUUUAUGGGUGGGAAGUGAUGGAAAAAAUUUAAAUUGCACACUAAAAUAAACCCUUGAAAAUGAUGGGCAGAAAAGGGAGUGAGUGAGUGAGUGGUACCACAUUUUUAACAUUUUUAUUUUGGACUGUUUUAAAAUAAAAACACGUGUAGUUUUCAUAGAAAUUUUAAGUUUCUUAAACUGUGCAGUGUUUGCGAACGUUGUUUUAAUGUGUUGCCAAUAAUAAUGAUUUCCUGCUUUAGGUAACGUUUGAAUACUUUUUUAAUAAAGCUUCUUGUGAAAGAA